AUGGCGCAACCCAUCAAAGGCCCCGGUCUCCUCUACGUGAAAGCCUGCAUCAAUCCCUCACCUAGCAACCCCCUCACGGAACCGGAGUACAUGCACUGGUAUGAUGAUGACCACAUCGCCGAAAUAGUUGCAACCUCUGGCAUGCCCAACGCUUUCCGGUACUUUCACGUCGACAAAACUCCAGACAAUGGAAAGCCAACGCCCGAAUGCCCACGACCCUACCUAGCCUUCUAUCCGAUGCCUGAUCUAGCGUUCACACAAGGCCAGGAGUUCAAAAGCAUUAGGGUCAAAAGUCGCAAGCAAGCGGAGAAUGUUUCCAAGUUGGAUCACUACCAACGCUCCUUACGCUUCAGGCUGCUGUAUGCCCGGACCAACGCCCAGUCACGCAUUUUGAAGGGACUUGCGCCAGCGACUGACGAGCCGCUGCCUGAGCCGCCAACAUGGUUGCAGUUUCAUGAGUUUUCUGCGGAACCGCAAUCCGACGUGAGGUCCACGAUCAGGGACGACGCGCACGAGGUGCUGAAGAACGCAAAGCAAAGCGAGACGCACGGCUAUAGGCUGCAGAGAGCACACGGAAAGAAGAAGUUCUUCGAAGACGCAGAAAAUGGCGCACCUUGA